AGACAGGUGAGCGAGUUCCCAAGGGAACAAAAGGUCCCAUCACCUCAACCAGACAUCCCCUAAAAUCAUACUGAUUCACUACGAUGUAAAACAUUUAUAAGAGCUCCGAAGUUUUAGCUUUGUAUCAGUCAAACAUAAACUAGUUUCUGAAUCAUCGAAAAACCUACAUUGAUAAUUACUCCGAUAAUUUAAUGGAAUAAAUUCUAUUUAGCAAGUCAACAUAACUUUAUUAAGAAAAUAUAUGCAAGUCUAAAUGAUACCAACGAUUUUUAUGAAAAAGCAACAACGUCACGGUCAAAGCAAUUACAUCUAGCGGUCCAAAUAAUUAUUGCACACAACAGUGUGUCUUUUAAUCUACGAUAGUUCAUUUUAACGUUGAUGUUUGUGAAGACAAAGUUGCUAUACAAUAUUUUUUGAGUAAAUGUAAUUUUUAUUCAAUAAAUCAUCAUGAAAAUUAAAUCUAAAAUCAUUUUAUUGAUACCAUUUGUACUAAUAAGUUCAACUUUAACAUCGGAAGAGUGUUAUUACGAUGGAGAUGACUUUUGUGUUUCUCAGGAAGAUAUUUUGUCAGCAGAUUUAUUGCCCGGUACAUUUUUUCUAAGUGAUCCUUUUAAAGAAUCAAAUAAAAAAAAGGCUCGAGUGAAAGUGAAUAACAAUGGAACUUUUGAAGAAGCUUUAAAUAAGAUGGAUUAUCACAGGAAAAGAAUGAAUGAAUACUUAUGCCAUGGCUUCAUGGCUGAAGAAAUAUUUAGAGACAUGAGAUCUAUACGCGUAAAGCGACGUCAUGAUGAAAGCAGUUCAAUGAACUCAAUGCCAGAUUUUUUAGGAGAUACUAAUGUCACUGUACAUGAUAAACUACUUUCUGAUGAAGGUAGUAGUAAAUAUAAAGAAUGGCUUCAAAGAACAACAACUCUAGACGAUAUUUAUCGUCACUACAAAUACAACGCCGCUAAAUCAAUGGCACAUAAAAAAAUGGGACCAAGUUCAUUAGAAGCUAUUGAAGAAUUCGAUGGUGAAGUCACUGGAUAUGCUAUUCCUGCUCCACUAUCUCAUGAAAAAACAGAGCAUUAUUAUGAAAGCGAUGAAGAAGCUUCUCCAACUGGUUAUCACUAUAGUCAUCAUCCUCCACCACCUCCCCAUCAUCAUCACCAUCCACCACCUCAUCAUUAUCCAACACAUGAUGAAGUAAUACCAGUAGUCCAUGAAGAAUAUCAUUAUCAUGCACCUCUUCCACAUGAAGAAGAAUAUGAAGAACAUAGACCGCCUCCUAUCCAUCAUAAGAAAAAUGAAUUGUCAAUCAAGGAUUUCUUUGAAAUAGCUUUAACAGCUUUAGCUUUCUUAGCCUUUGGAUGUUUUAUUAUUCAAUUACUCAUGGCUAUGACGUAUCCACCAACUGCAUCAGUUGCAACAGAAAUAGCAAGACAUCAACGAGCGGCAACGUAUCGAGAUGUUUCUGAAAUAAAUGAACUAUCUCAUCGAGUUUUACAAUCUAUCGAGGCUAUAAUAGUAGCAGAGAAUGAUUCUGGACGUUGUUUGGAGUGGGUCUUAUGUCGAGACAAUCAGUUUUCUACUCAAAUUACUAGUUCUCAAAGAAUUUGGAUACCUAUGUGGAGUUUGGGUAUGAGCUGGCUAUCUUCCCGAAUGAUACAGAAAGAUUCCUGGUCUGCUAUGUUCAGAUCUAUCAAAGCCACUGUUCUUGGAUUGGGAGGUGCGAACUGUGCUGCAAUUUAUUCUGAUUGUGAUUUGGUGAGCGAAAGAGCUAAACGGCGUCGACGUCGAAAAAAAUAA